CGCGGAUCGACUCGCUAACGUCAUCGCCGUCGAACUUUUCUUUCCGGGGACAUUUUUCUUUUCUUUUUUUGACCCAACAUUUAUUAUUAAAAAACGCUUUUUUGGAUUAUCUUCAUGAAGGACGUUUUACAAAAAGUGGCAAAGUGCAGCGGGGAUCCCCAUGCUCCUCCUCGUGACUGCUGCCCGGCCUGCUGAGCCUGUCAGAGCCGCCCCUUCUGUACCGCCGGGUCGCAGCUGAAGCACGGCUAUUGCCGACGCCUCGGUGGUCGUCGGAGGGCCUUGAGCCCAACCCCCCUCCUUCAGCAGGCGGAGGGGCCUGUCCUGUCGCCAGUUUACAAGAAGAUGAACAAACUGAACUUCCACAACAACAAAACCAUGCAAGACCGCCGAUGCGUUUGUGUCUUUCUGCCCAACGACGACACGCUCAAUGUUAUAGUCAAUGUGAAGACUCUGUGCCAGGAACUGUUGGUCCAGGUCUGUGAUCUCCUGAGGCUGAAGGACUGUCACCUGUUUGGACUCAGUGUUAUUCAAAAUAAUGAGCACAUCUACAUGGAACUGGAUCAGAAACUGUCCAAGUACUGUCCCAAAGAAUGGAAGAAAGAAGCCAGCAAGGGAAUCGACCAGUUCGGGCCUCCAAUGAUCAUCCACUUCAGAGCUCAGUAUUACGUGGAGAACGGCAGGUUGAUCAGCGACCGGGCGGCCAGGUACUACUACUACUGGCACUUGAGGAAACAGGUGCUGCUCUCUCAGUGCAUCCAGCGGGAGGAGGCCUACUUCCUCCUGGCAGCCUUCGCGCUGCAGGCCGACCUGGGCAACUUCAAACGGAACAAGCACUUUGGCAAAUACUUUGAACCUGAAACCUACUUCCCGCCCUGGGUGAUAGCCAAGCGCGGCCGUGACUACAUCCUGAGACACAUCCCGAACAUGCACAAAGACCAGUUUGCCCUCACGGCCUCAGAGGCGCACCUCAAGUACAUCAAGGAGUGUGCGCAGCUUGAUGAUGUCACCGUCCACUACUACAGACUCUACAAGGACAAGAAGGAAGUGGAAGCGUCUCUUACUUUGGGACUGACUUUACGUGGGAUUCAAAUAUUCCAGAACAUCGGCUCAGUGAGGCAGCUUUUGUACGACUUUCCGUGGACCAACGUGGGAAAACUAGUUUUUGUGGGAAAGAAGUUUGAAAUCCUUCCCGACGGACUUCCCUCGGCCCGGAAGCUCAUCUACUACACGGGCUGCCCGCUGCGCUCUCGCCACCUGCUGCAGCUGCUCAGCAACAGCCACAGGCUCUACAUGAACCUGCAGCCCGUCCUCAAGCAGGUCCGCCGGCUGGAGGAGCACGAAGAGAAGAAACAGUACCGGGAGUCGUACAUCAGCGACGCUCUGGACCUGGACAUGGACCACCUGGACAAGCGCUCCCGAGCCAGCGGCAGCAGCUCCGGCAGCGUGUCCCAUCACAAGCGUCUGUCCCGCCACUCCACCGCCAGCCACGGCAGCUCGCACACCUCCGGCAUCGAGACGGACAGCUUCCGCGUGUCCAGCCAGGCCCCCCGCAGGCCCCCCAGGACUUGCAGCUCGUCCACCACCAGCCACGGGAGCUCGCACACCUCGGGCAUCGAGAGCGGCGGCAAGGAGCGCAUCCUGGAUGAUGACGCAGAGAUUGAGAUGCUGGUGGACGACCCCAAAGAUUACGAGGAGCUCGGGGAGAUGUCUUUGGACCAGGAGCUGUGCAUACACAUCACAGAGGACAUGCUGACCAUGUCCCCGCAUCAGAACAAUGGAUACUCUGGUCUCGUCGUCAAAGACGUCAGCUCAUCCACUUCCAGCUCCUCCGAGACCGUCGUCAAGAUGAGAGGACAAAGCAUCGAGUCCCUGCCACACACGUCGACGUGCAGGAAGCCGCCGUCGUCCACCGACCGCCACAGCCAGUCGCUGGACGACAUCCGCCUCUACCAGAAGGACUGCCUGCAGUGGGCGGAGCUCUGCCAGGACACCGCCCACAGCUACACCUUCGGCUGCGCCGAGGAGCUGAGCGACGGCUGCGGCGCCCACCAGGGCCUGGGCGAGCAGUGCGUGGGCAUGCGCGGCGACCAGCACGCCUUCCCCAUCAAGAGGACCAGCAAGUACUUCUCCUUGGACCUCACCAGCGAAGAGGUGCCCGAGUUUGUGGUGUGACCGGCUCUUCACCGCAUGAAGCCAAAAGACGGUAGUGGCCACGCUACCAACCAAAGAGCUGAAGAAGAAGGUAUGUCGGACACUCGCAGGAAGUGCAGCGUGCCAAGCAGCCCACGUGCCUUCAUCGCCUACGGUCGCCUUGAUCAUCCCCACCGCCAUUUUGUACCGGGACGUUUUCCAACAGACGCCAAGCUUCCUCGCUAUUUUAAACCCCAAAAGUCGGCAGUUUUUUAAGUCUACCAUCUGUGUUUGUUGGCACACUUAAAUAGGUGACAACUUCCUCAUCAAUUGGUCUAAAGCAGGGGUGUCCAAACUUUUGCCACUCAGGGCCGCACACUGAAAAACCUUUUUCAUUUUCAAAACCAAUACCAUAUAUAGAUUUGUUUUUACUUCCAGGGCUCCCCUCAGUCACAUAAAUCUUAAAAAUAAGUACCGUAUUUUGCGGAGUAUAAGUCGCUCCGUAGUAUAAGUCGCACCGGCCGAAAAUGCAUAAUAAAGAAGGAAAAAAAAACAUAUAUAAGUCGCACUGGAGUAUAAGUCGCAUUUUUUGGGGAAAUGUAUUUGAUAAAAGCCAACACCAAGAAUAGACAUUUGAAAGGCAAUUUAAAAUAAAUAAAGAAUAGUGAACAACAGGCUGAAUAAGUGUACGUUAUAUGAGGCUGAGAACGUGCCUGGUAUGUUAACGUAACAUAUUAUGGUAAGAGUCAUUCAAAUAACUAUAACAUAUAGAACAUGCUAUACGUUUACCAAACAAUCUGUCACUCCUAAUCGCUAAAUCC